GCCGCCCAGCUGACCGUCCACAACAACAUGGCGGCCGGCGGCGUGGCGGGCUCUCGAAGCUUCCCCUUGGUUAAAACUCUCCAUAACUCUGCCAAGUCAUGCCACCGCCGGUUCCUCGCCGCGAAUACCGCGAGCAGCUACAUCGCUCGCGAUUCCUCGUCCAGGAUUGGGCGGCUAAAGUUCCUCUCCGGUGUGUUGAGUGCAGGCAAGGUAUUGAGACCUCUGUGUAGCGUGCAGUAUCACACUUCCCAGACAUUUCGGCAACGAGAUUACUACGAAAUUCUUGGAGUGCCACGGAAUGCGUCAAAUAAGGAUAUCAAGAAGGCAUAUUACCAACUAGCCAAGAAGUAUCACCCAGAUGUUAAUAAAGAUGACCCCGGCUCUCAGAAAAAGUUCACAGAGGUUUCUGAAGCAUACGAGGUCCUGGGUGACGAGGAGAAACGACGCCAGUACGACACAAUGGGGCACACGGCAGAGCAGAUGGGCAGAGCGGGUAUGGGCGGCAGCGCAGGAAAUCCAUUCCAGUCUGGGUGGAGCUACCAGACUACAAUUGAUCCCGAGGAACUCUUCAGGAAGAUCUUUGGUGAUUUCCGCAGGGCUGGAAUGGACAUCGGAGAUCAGGAUUUUGCCGAGUCUUCGUAUGGCUUUGGUUCUGCACAGGAGAUCACAAUGAAUUUAACGUUCUCUCAAGCGGCGAGGGGCAUCAACAAGGACGUCACUGUCAACACUGUAGACAUUUGCCCCAAAUGCUCGGGCUCUCGGUGCGAGCCGGGAACGAAGGCUGCACGCUGCCAGUACUGCAAUGGAACGGGCAUGGAAACCAUCUCGACAGGUCCCUUCGUGAUGCGGCAGACGUGCCGAUACUGUCAUGGGACGCGCAUGCACAUUAAAUUUCCGUGCACAGAGUGUGAGGGAAAAGGCCAGACAGUACAGCGAAAGACAGUCACAGUCCCAGUUCCUGCAGGUGUUGAGGAUGGACAGACGUUAAGAAUGACAGUAGGAAGGAAGGAAGUGUUUGUACGGAUCAGUGUCAGCAAGAGCGACUACUACCGCCGAGAAGGAGCCGACAUCCACACGGAUACGACAAUCUCUCUGGCUCAGGCUGCUCUAGGGGGAGCCACCCGGGUACAGGGCAUCUACGAGGACAUCACCUUACAGAUACCAAAGGGCACCCAGUCACACACCAAAAUUCGUCUAAAUGGGAAAGGAGUGAAGAGAGUUAGUUCGUACGGCUAUGGCGACCACUACGUCCACAUCAAGAUCAAAGUGCCGACCAAACUGACGCCCGAGCAGACUGCUCUGCUGACGGCACUGGCGGAGUUGGAGACGGACACCCCGGGCACGGUGAGCGGGAUCACCUACACCAAAGACGGUGGUAAGAGAGUGGCACUGGAGCAGAAUGAGAUGCUGAAGCAGAUUCAAACAAUACUGAGCCGGAACAUCGAGGGCAUAAUUGCUCGUAAAGUUGCAGACGAUGUUGAGGAUGCUGCGCAGGACACGAAGCGAACCGAGGCAACAGAUGAAGAUAAACAGGGAAAUAGAGUAUGAGAGCGAAGAUACAGGAGGGUGGAGUUGAAGAUUAUGGCCCGGCACAAACCAUAGCAACCCCACAAUAGUUUUUUGUUGGGCAUUACUAAAAUUACAAGGAAAUCAUAAGUGUAGCUUUUGUUCAUAUACAAGACCAGUUUUGUCAUUUUUCAUCUUCACGCCAUGGAAAUUGUACGUUCUGUUGCAAUGUAGUGUUCCUUGUUCCCAUAUUUCAUAUUUACCAGAUGUUUGUGAUGUUCAUAUUCAAUAAGGACAGACAGCCUAUGCUUUCAGUCCCAUGCCAAGCCUUUAUUGUGAUUACUCGAGCUAUACCAAUAGUCUAUCCCGGAUCGUAGAAAAUACUCGACUAAAAAUUCAUGUAGCACACGAGGUGUUCGAUUCCAUGUGUACAACGGUUACUAUGUUGGACCAACACAAAUGUAUAACAGUAAGUACUUCUACAGACCACACAAGUGUAUGGCGACGGUGAAGUCAGGUGCCAAGUACUGUAAAUGUUAGUUUGUUAUUAGUUAUAAUAAAGCUGAAUUAAACCAGAGUUGUGAGCUUGCUUUUAACUCAUGAAGGGAAUUAUUACUGCAUGCAUCUAAAGAUGUUAUCAGCGACACUUGCUGCAGUCAAGGAAUUAAUAAUAUGACCGAGCCAAGCAGCAGUGUUCAUAGUACUGGAUCUGUGAGGUGGUCUACAGCCAUCAGUGUUCCACUUCAAGAUGUGCAGUGUCAAUUUGUGUGUAGAUGCAAGUUCAUUGAAGCACUAUGAAAAGUUACAUACAAAAAUGUUUUAACAAGAAGUUUGUACAAAAUAGCAGGACUGGGUAAGGCAGCGCAUUGAAGUUUAGAGAUGCUUACUGCAGCACUUUACAAUCACAGCAGUUAAUAAGCUGGUAACUAAAUACAAUAGACUUGAUAAAUGACGUAUUUAUUUUGAUCCUCUCUCAACCAGAAUCAUCUGUUUUACUGCAUUAGUUUUUUUUUAUUUCUGCCUGCAGAUAUGUGGGAGAAAAACAGCAAUGAAAGUAUAACUGAACAAACUGAGAAAUUAGGACGAGAGACUUGAAUGUUUUCCAUUUACCUUUGACCAUUACAUGUUCAGUCGCCACAGCCGGGGAGGACUAAAACUUCCAGUUUUCACCUCUUAAUAUGUGGGUUUGUGAGGCAGGGAUAUAUGGGAGGCAGCAAAACAUUUCCACCCAAGUAUGACAGUUUAGCCGUCUUGGUUGCUAUGUACAGGUACGUUGAAAUCUAUGAUGUAUAUAUUGGAAUGGUAUUAAAGUUUACCUUGAAAGGAAAGUAUUAUUAGUUCCUCAUAUAAUAUAUAGAUAGUUUCCUUAUGAUGCCUGAAAUUUUGGUUGAGGCAUGUGCGGGCAAUAUUUUGUCUACUAAUGUCUGGUCCUGGUUUUCAGGAUGACUGUAGUUCUUGCUUUCCCAAUGUGUGUGUCUAAGAUCCUUGCCAAAUCCAGUACUGAUGACAUUCCUCAUUUUGUGCCAAGUACUGUAAAUGUUAGUUUUUGUUACUGUAGUUAUAAUAAAGCUGAAUUAAAUAAAAGUUGA